AUGAGCGCCCCAUAUAAGGAUGUACUUGUGUCGAAGCUCGCGCCGGAUACACAGACGUCGACUGCUUCCGGCACGACAAAGCGCAGACCAGGUCGCCGAUUUAAAAAGCCGACUUCAAGUCGAUCAUCCCGGUCGAGAUCUGGUCCAUACGAUAGACCUUCCAAUUCCCCCGCAACGACGAUCCCACAGUCUCCAGCCAGGACCCUGUCCAUACUGGAAGCCCUCCCCGUGGAGGUGAUCGAGCACAUCUUCCUGUACUCGCUCGAAUUGAAUUUCCCUCGCGCCUCGCCGUUCUUAUCCCGUGCUCUCUCCCGUGAGCAUAUUUACCGCGCUCUCAUUCUUCUCGCCUUUUGGGAUGACCCGCCCAGCUAUCCCCGGAGCAAGGCCAUCGACCGCCUGAUGGUCCCUCUCCAAUACGUCCCCCUCUCGCUGGACGAGCGCACCGUCUUGCAAGAAGCUGUAUUUAAAUGCAAGUGGUGCACGGUGGAUCGAGUACGGGAACAAGUCCCGGUUAUGCAGAUCUUGACUAUCAACCGCCAUUGGAUCAACGCCGGCAUCGUGACAGAAGCCCACCAACAGGCAGAUUUCGAGAAAUUCUUGUCGCGCAAGGAUGACAGUGGUUGCGUCUUCGUUGGAACGGGAAAACCGAUGAGGAGACUUUGCGGCUUCCUGAAAGAGCAGACGGGUCCGCGUUUCUCGCAACUCGCUCCACACGCAGAAGACAAGGGGAUCCAAGAUUACGAACUCCACGUUAUGCCAAUGGUCAACACUGAGAUUCGCUGCCCCUCGUUAAGCAGCCUAAUCAACUUUCCAGCUCUGGAACUCCGCAGUUUCCCGCCCCAUCUACUUCGCGGCCGCAGCAAUGGGUUCUCCUCCGACGACUCCGCAUUCCUGGAGAUGCUGCGCAUAACAUCCUGCAACUGGACCUCUGGAAAGACCUUGGUGAUGCCACAGACCCUAACGCUUGUCGACCGAGGAGCUCUGCAUGAAGGAGUCGACAAUGCAAUCCGCCACCAGAAUUUCAGCGCACUCGUCACACUCCUCAAAAUCGACGAGUACACCUUCCGCUACAAAGCAGGUACCCACGACCGUACCUUCUACACCAUCCCGUCGGGACACUUUGUCACAGUCACCCGGUACGGCCGCGAUGACCCGAGCCUCAACGUGGCCUUCAUGAACGCCCUCGUCCGCGCCAACGCGGAAUCCCUCCCGCAUAACUCGCCCGAGAUCACGCAAUGGAUUAUCGAUCAAGUUGAUCUCGCCCAGCGUAACCAAAGCCGUUAUCGGAGCUGUGGCAACUUUGCGCGCUGGUUAUCUCACUACUUGAUACGCAUGCCUCGAAUCCUUGGGGAUAUACAAGUCAAUAUGGAGAACCCACUUUUCGUCCAUGGACAAUUGAAUCCUACGGAUUAUGAGGGUUCUCUUUAUAAAGACCAGGUUAUUGGGUCUGGUGAGGUGGCAGCCGAGAUUCCUGGUAACUGGUUCCCCGAGAGCUCGUUCUUGAGGGAUCAUUAUUGGAUGAAGAAGUUUGGUCCUUUUCCACCAUAA